AUGAGCUCGCUACUGCUACCUCUCGUGUCCACCGGGAACGUUCCCCAGUUAGCGACCGACCUGAUACUACACUCGCUAGCUCCGGAUUUUGCAUUCGUGCAAGAGCUGGACAGUAUGUUUCUGUUUCCAUUCGUGGGGCCUCUGGACUACGUUAGAGACUCGCAAGCAAACCUCUACCAAAACACCCAAGACAAGACUUUCACUACGCCUUUGGAACUAUUCCACAGCCCAAGCCUGAAGCUUUAUGUUGUGCAGCAGAGAUCGCCGGUCAUUCAGCCAUACGAUAACUGCUUCUGUAAGAACGUUUUGGUUCCCCUUGUCGAAACGCUCAAAAUCAGUCAAUUGGUGGUUUUCGACGCCACGGACAGUGUGGACGAGAUCAUUGGUGUGCCCCAAUUGCGUAAGAGCCCUUACUCUCUGGGCAUAUGCGACUUGUCGCAUAUAGAUGACAUCUCGAGCGAGUUUGAAGAAAAGUUACAGAUCGACGAUAGCAACACGCAGUCCGUAAACAAGACUCUCUUCAAGUUCACGGACAACAGUUUUCAGUCUGGGAUCGCUACCGAACAAUUCAUUUUCAAGUUAUGCUACCACCUGCUGCACUCUCCGGUGAUCUGCGGUUUCUUGAAGGAGAUACGCUACUUCAACACUUACGUGCAAGAGGGCGACAACUCAGAAGACGCCGCCGCCGCAUGUGGCCAAUUGCCACAUAUCAUCUCAGGAUUCCCCAAGAUCACACAAUAUAAGACGCCCAUAUCAUGGGAAGGCGUUUAUGGCGUACGUAAUGCCCCCAUAACAUUUGAGGAGGGAUUGUAUAUAUAA